GGAGGGGUGUGCGCCUUGUGACGCGGCGUUGGUUCCUCUCAGGUCCUGUAAGCAAAUGUAAAAGGCCUCCUAGUAACGCUCAUGAUCCAUUCUUUAUCAUAGUUUGGUAGAGUUGUGUUAAACAUGUCAGGAAGAGGCAAAGGCGGUAAAGGACUCGGGAAAGGAGGCGCCAAGCGUCAUCGUAAAGUUUUGCGCGAUAACAUCCAGGGAAUCACCAAACCCGCCAUCCGUCGUCUCGCUCGUCGUGGCGGUGUCAAGCGUAUCUCCGGUCUGAUCUACGAGGAGACCCGCGGAGUGUUGAAGGUGUUUCUGGAGAAUGUGAUCCGCGAUGCCGUCACCUACACCGAGCACGCCAAGAGAAAGACCGUGACCGCCAUGGAUGUUGUGUACGCGCUGAAACGACAGGGACGCACCCUGUAUGGCUUUGGAGGUUAAACUCUUGAAAUCAGGAAAAACUACACCAACCCAACGGCUCUUUUAAGAGCCACCCACUCUGUCACAUAAAGAGUCCAAUGUUUUGCCCGUGUCGACCACACAUUUAACUAUAAAAUGUUCUUUUUUUGUGUGUGUGUGUUUUG